AUGAAGAAGAAGAAAGCUGCUUUAUUCAGCAGUGGACAGGAGCAUGUUGUGCUUGUGUCCAAGGCAGGAACAGUGUUCGAGUGGAAACGUUCAGAGUCCAACAUACCCAGAAGCUUCAGCAACUUGACUAACAAACAAAUUGCACAAGUAGCAUGUGGGAAUAAUCACUCAAUUGUUCUAACCAAAGAUGGUCAGUUGUUCACAUGGGGUGAAAACUCCAACGGUCAGCUGGGUUUGGGAACCGAUAAGCCGAGCUCUCGGUGUCCUGAACCCCUUAAGUCUCUGUAUGGGAUCCCAUUGGCUCAGAUCAGCGCUGGAGGAGACCACAGCUUUGCCCUGUCUCUGUCUGGUACUGUUUUCGGCUGGGGCAAGAAUAGCACGGGGCAGCUGGGGCUUGGAGACUUGGAUGAUAGGCAUGUUCCUGCUUGUGUGAAGAGCUUAAAGCAAAAGAAGACUUUGUUCAUCUCAUGUGGAGAGGACCAUACUGCUGUUCUGACAAAGGGAGGAGUGAUGUUCACUUUUGGAUCAGGUUGUUACGGGCAGCUUGGACAUAACUCACUCAGAAAUGAGCUUCUACCUCGUGUGGUUGCUGAAUUCUGGGGGACCAAAGUGUCCCAUAUUGCAUGUGGAAGGUACCACACCCUAGCACUGGUGGGAUCAUCAAAAACUCUUUAUGCAUUUGGUUGUGCUGAACAACAGCAGCUGGGAAAUGAACAUAAGACCAAUCAGUGUGUACCAGUUUCUGUACACCUGCCACCAGAAUAUAAUUCAGAUCAGGCCGUUCAGAUAAUCAGCGCUGGAGGGAAUCUGUCUGUCAUCUGCUUCUCAAAAAGGGACGCUGGGAUGCAUUCAGCCGAGUCAAAUCAGUGUUUAUUUGAGGAGACAGCUGUGUUGGAUAUGGAAAUUAUUGAUCGAUGGAUUCCAGCAAGCAACUCAAAAUCAUGGAGAAAUGUUAAACGGAAAAUCAAGAAAACCUUCUCAUCAGCAUCAAUUAUCAAUGGCAGUUUCAUUGAGAAGAGUGGUGAUAAACAUUAUAAAACUGGGAGAGGUCAUUCUGGCCUUGAUUUGUCCUUGGCACGUCUUUCUUUCAUGAAGCUGGCCAAGAGGGAGAACAUUCUCUCAGAGAUUGUUGAAACGGUAGAGAAGAAUCUGUUGCCCUCUCUGGGCUCCACUGCUGUUUCUGCUGAGGCUUUAAGAAUUUAUCUCAUCCUGCCUGAACUCCUUCAAGUGCUGAGCAAACAGCAACGUUGCUUACAGCUCACCAUCGAUUUUGCAAGUGCCAUUUUAAAUCUGGAUGACGAGUCACAGGAUAUCUUAACAAGCCUGUGGACCAGACUACCUGAUAGCUACUUUGAAACGCUGGUAAAGACAUUUCAUUCUGUGUGUGAACAUUUCAUGUCCAAGAUGACAACUUCACUAUUCAGCUACUGGACUGAAGUAACACCACUGCUAAAGGUUCUGCAGAAUCUCUACACUAUUAACAGUCAGAGAGUCAGCCAACUGGCUGAUAGUCACUUCCACAUCAAGAAAAUUACUAAAUUUUUGGACAUUGUAAGUAUAAAGUUAACUGCCAUUAUAGGCUUAAAAUCAUCUCCUCUCAGAGAGGUUCCAGGGAUACGCAUUUUAAUGAACUUUCUGAAAAGAGUUGAAGUUCUUGUGGAUUUUUCCUGCAUCCUUGAAACGUGUUCUAAACAGCAAAUAUUCUUGUUUUUAAAAUUGAAGAAUGAGCCAGUUUAUUCUUGGCUUGACUUGGCUUGUGGUGAAAACACACUACGUGUGAACAGACAAGCGGUGUUUGCAAGUACAGUUGAAUACCUGGAAACAAGCGAAUAUAACUACACUCUCCCUUUAAAGGUGAAAUUCUUUUUAGAAGAUGGAAUAGAUGACGGAGGAAUACGUGCUGAGUUCUUCUCUCUACUCGGACAUGAAAUAACAAAACGCUCGGAUGUAAUUCAAGUGUUGGAGGACUCCGGGCUCUUCUGGUUCUCUGCUGAAGCCUCUGAAAUCAGUAUUGAACUGUAUAUUAUCGGCAUCAUGUGUGGACUGGCCUUUUAUAAUCUCCAGUUCAUGAACAUCGGCUUCCCGCUGGCACUGUUCAAAAAGCUGCUGAAUCACAGUCCAACUUUAAGUGACCUGGAGGAGCUUUCACCAGUGGAGGCCAGGUGUCUUAAAGAUUUACUGUUGGAAGAUGAAGAUGUCGAGGAGGUGUUCUGUUUGGAUUUCACAGUGAAAGGAAAUGAGCUCGUUCCAAACGGAGCAGAAAUCUCAGUUACCAAUGUCAACAGGCAGAAAUAUGUGGACUUGUAUGUUGAUUAUGUUUUCAACAAGUCUGUGAAGCAUCAGUUUGAGGAGUUUGCAGAAGGUUUUUCUCGUGGAUGCCCCUUUGACUUCUGGAAGAUGUACCAGCCUGAAGAGCUAAAGGAGUUACUCUAUGGCAAGGCAGAAUACAAAUGGAAGGAAUUCCAAAAGGGUGCCACAUAUGAAAACUGUACACGCUUCGAUAAGCUCAUCCAGAAUUUCUGGACUGUUUUCUUUGAGCUGGAUGAAGAACAUCAGAAGAAGUUUUUAAAAUUCAUCUACGGGACGGACCGCUUGCCUGUAGGAGGACUGUCUAAAAAGCACCUGAAAAUUGUGAGAUACUUCAGUGACGAUGCAGAUAACCGUUUCCCCUCGGCUCAGACCUGUUACGGCGUACUGCUUCUUCCAGACUACAGCAACAUCCAAAUACUUCGAAAAAAACUCAUUGAUGCCAUCACAUUUUGUGAUGUUUUUGGAAAUGCUUAAAGUGGCUAACAUCAUAAAGCACUUACUUACUUACCCCUGGUAGAGGUUGGGACGCAGCUAAUAAAAAAUGAACAGUUGAAAGACCAGUUGAAAGUAGACCACUUAGGAUAUGAUGUUACUCCUUGAAGAUACAGUAUUUUGUAAUCUGGUAUGUAAAGGAUUGUAUGACGAUUGC